AUGCGACCCUUUACACUCCUCGCCGCUGCGCUCGGCGGCCUCAGCUCCCUCGCGAGCGCCGCCUCGCUGCAGCAGGUAACCUCCUUCGGCGCCAACCCCUCGGGCGCCAAGAUGUACAUUUACGUCCCGGACCGGCUCGCCGCGAACCCGCCCAUCAUCGUGGCCAUCCACUACUGCUCCGGCACCGCGAGCGCGUACUACUCCAACACGCCCUACAAGGGAUACGCUGACACCUACGGGCUGAUUGUAAUCUACCCGGAGUCGCCCUACUCGGGCACGUGCUGGGACGUCAGCUCGCCGGCGUCGCUGACGCACAACGGCGGCGGGAACAGCAACGCGAUUGCGAACAUGGUGACGUACACGCUGGACAAGUAUAGUGGUGACAAGAGCAAGGUAUUCGUGACGGGCACUUCGUCGGGGGCGAUGAUGACGAACGUCAUGGCGGCAACCUACCCCGAGCUCUUCGCCGCCGGCAUCGCCUACUCGGGCGUCCCCGCGGGCUGCUUCUACACCGGCACCGUGAACGGCUGGAACUCGACCUGCAGCCAGGGCCAGUCUAUUGCGACGCAGCAGGCCUGGGCCCAGACGGCGCUCAACAUGUACCCGGGGUACAGCGGCGCGCGGCCCCGGAUGCAAAUCUACCACGGCAGCGCGGACACGACGCUGUAUCCGCAGAACUGGAACGAGACGAUCAAACAGUGGACGGGCGUGUUCGGGUACAGCCUCACGCCGCAGCAGACGCUGCCGGGCACGCCGAGCGGGCAGUACACCAAGUAUAUUUACGGGCCGAACUUGGAGGGGAUUUACGGCACGGGCGUCGGGCACAGUGUGCCGGUGAUGGGGGCUGAGGAUCUCAAGUGGUUUGGUAUUACGGGCGGAUCCACGCCUCCGGGAACGACGACGCAGACCUCGGCGGCACCACCGGCGACGUCGACGGCGAGCCCGCCGCCGACCGGAGGAUGUACGGUGGCUCGGUGGGGCCAGUGCGGCGGGAGCGGGUGGAGCGGGUGCACCGCCUGUGCGAGCCCGUACACUUGCCAGGCCGCGAACCAGUGGUACUCUCAAUGCCUUUGA